UUAGAUGUGGAUCAGCUGGGACAAUAACAACAAUAUCGGCGGAUAACUGGGUCGCGACGUGGCUGUUCUGGAUGGACCGCGCCCGGGGGAGAGCAGUGAAGAAGUAGCGGCCGCUGGACUGAAGGAUGUGCGGGGAUUUCACCGCUUUCUGUGCUUUCGUUUCCAGUUUUUUCGGACUGCUUCCUGCGUGCCCCAACAAACCGAGGGGAUUGAAAACAGCGGCUAAUGCCUCCGCUAGCAUGCUAAUCUGCCCUAUAUCUCCACAUCUGAUUGAAUCCGUGUGUUUAUCGCUGAACUGACGCUCCUAUUGAAAGAUAUUCUCUUGAGGAGACUCUAGAAUCACGUCGAUGCCGUUCGAGAUGUGUGGAUUUUAUCCUGAUAGCUUACUUUUGUAAGCUGCCAUAAAGUUUUAACCACGUAUGAAAAGAGAUUUCUGCCCCACAGAAAGAUGAGUAUUCCAGGUUUCCAGUGGUGAUCUGGUGGAUUCGGGCUUCCUUGUCAUUUUUUGGGGUCGUUCGCUAGCUGUUAGCAGCCCUGUAGAGGCUGUGUGCAUUGUGCAGGCUGUGCAUAGGCCUUGCCUGACUGGACUGACAGCACACACCAAAACAAAAGAUUAGCUCGCUCCUGUGCUAGCCUGCUAACCUCCAGAUUUUCUUUUUCCACCUCUGUAUGGUUUACGGUUGUUCCCCCCGACAGACUCGGCCUCCAUAUUUAGACUUAGUGUGCACUUAGCACGAUGAGUUUAUUUGCUGGAUUUCCUGUUUGACAGAACAUCCUGUUGUUGGGUUAUAUUCUUACUUGCAGUUGUUUCUGCACAACCGGGCAGAAUGGGAACAUUUUAAGAAAUGCUAUUGAACUUCUGCUGGCAUAGCUUCAGGAUUUUCCAUAUUAGUGAGUGUUGCCUCCCUUUGUGACCCUCCCCGAAGUCCAGUGUCACACUGCCAUGUCAGAGGCUCUGAUCACAGGCCACACGUCAGAGGAUCUGUUGGCAGACUUUGAGACUCUGCUGAACUCUGGGAGCAUUGACUUGGGCGAGGACCACCAGAUAGUGAUCAUCACCAGCCCCAGCAAUGAGGGCCUCCACCCGGCAGCCGCCCCGAGCAGCACUGGGGAGAUCCUGCUGUUCGCCACGCCACAGGGCCCCGUGGACGUGGGGGUCCAGGACAAGAGACGGCCGGUGCUUGGGAGACCUCCGGUAAAGAGAAAGUUGGACCUGGACAGUGAUCAUCAGUAUGUUAGCACCACUCGACCGUCCACAGGCCAGGCGCCUCCCUCCACUCCUGCCCCUCCCAGAGUCCCUCGAAUCACUGCGGAGAAGUCCCGUUACGACACGUCCCUCAACCUGACCACCAAGCGCUUCCUGGACCUGCUGUCCCAGUCGGCCGACGGCGUGGUGGACCUGAACUGGGCCUCGCAGGUGCUGGACGUCCAGAAGAGACGCAUCUACGACAUCACCAACGUCCUGGAGGGCAUCCAUCUCAUCUCCAAGAAGUCCAAGAACCACAUCCAGUGGCUUGGUAACCGGAUCGAUGCGGCGCAGGUGUCCCGAUAUAAGGAGCUGCAGAGGGAGGUGUGUGACCUCACCAAGGCCGAGGAGCAGCUGGACGAACUCAUUUCGAAAUGCAACCUGCAGCUCCAGCUGCUCACAGAGGACUCGCACAACAAGAAGCUGGGCUACGUGCGCUGCCAGGACCUGAGGCAGUCCUUCGAUUCCCCGGACCAGCUGGUCAUGGUGAUCCGAGCUCCUCCGGAGACCCAGAUGCAGGUUUCAGAACCCAGCGAGGGUUACCAGGUGUCGCUGAAGAGCACGCAGGGCCCGAUCGACGUCUUCCUCUGCCCGGAGGACAGCUCUGGGGUCUGCAGCCCGGUGACCGGGGCCAGCCCCUCCAAACCCAGCGCAGACCCUUCUCUUGUCGUCCCGCCUCAAUCGAGCGACCAGUCGCAAACCAGAACCUGCUCGACGGCCGUGGAGGUGGGUUUGUCUUCGCCGGCUUCCACGUCGUCCACGGUGACGGCAGCGUCGCAGCAGGAGCCUUCGUCGCUGGCGUUGAGUGGUGACACGGACUCGCUCCUGGGAGGAGGAGACCCCUUCUCCAGCAUGGCGGACCUCCCGGACUUCGACCUGUCCCCACUGUCCUCCUCGGACUUCCUGAACGGCGAGGGUUUCCCCCUCCCGCUGGACGGCUUCAUCAACCUGUCCCCCCCGCACAGCCACGACUACCACUUCGGCCUGGAGGACCACGAAGGCAUCAGCGAACUGUUUGACUGCGACUUCGGGGACCUGUCGCAGGUCCUGGGCGAGGGCUAGACCAGGAAUUCAGGACCGAGGGGUGGAAACGAAGCGCUUAAUGGACUAAUAUUUGGGAUGUGGGAAAAUUUGUGCCCCCCCCUCCAAAUCCCCCUAUUCCUCUCCAACCGCAAAAUCCCCGACAUUUCCCCAGAGUUGUACAGCACAUCUUUAGCACCUCUUCUUUUGGCCAUAAAAUAUUUAGACCAAGACUUUAGCUUUGGCAUAGCUAUUUAAAUUAUUUAUAUGAAUGUUAUUUUGAUAUUUGCAGAGGGCUCUUUGUCGUGUUUUUUACAUGUGGAUUGUGCAGGUGUAUUUGUGUGUGUGUGUGUGUGUAGUGUUUGGACUCAUUGGGCUGAUUUCCUUAACACUGACUCAUGCUCUUAAAACUGAUUCAGGAUCAGUCAAACAGAUUCGGAGUCCAGCUUUUCCCAAAAGCAUCGAACAAGCCGAAAAACUGGAUUCUGUGUCGUCCCGACAGCCUGCGGCGGCAUUCCGGAGCCCCGACUCGACUUGCACAAAUUCCGAAGACUCAGUAAAUCAUAAUCACUGACCUGCAGUCAGCGGGUUCCAAGUAAAUGUCAAAAAGAAUGAAAACUGGAAGUUUGCUUAAAGAGGACUAGUUAUGCUCAGCCUGAGGCUCCAGAGCGGGGCGAGAUAAUCUCCCUCCAGUCCAGGCUUUUCUCCACACCAUGAAUCUACGGACAUGAAAUUUGUAGAAAUCUCAUUCAUCCAAACACGUCUUUAUUUUUAACUGUCUACAAACAAUUUAUUCCUAUCAUAGUUUGGAUUCAGAGUCACUGCACGUAAUUCGACACCAGCCAGAUAGCCUGUGUAAUUUGACACCAGCAUCCUUGUCAGUGCUUUGUAAUCUUUCUGCAGAUGUUGAAACUGUCUUUCGACUCAUUGCUGCUUGUAAUUUAGCACCAGCCUUGUUGGUGCUUGUAAUUCGACACCGGCCUCAAUAAUGCUUGUAAUUUGACACCAGCUUCGUAGAUGCCCCCAAUUGGCCUCCAGGGUCAGUUUUGCUUCUAAUUUAGCACUUAAUUGGUCAGUGCUUGUAAUUUGGCCCCAGCCUUGCUGAUGCUUGUAAUUUUGCACCAGCUUCAUCUGGUGCCGGUAAUUUGCCUCCAGACUCAGUAUUAAUAAUUGUACAUCCUCCAAUUGGUGGAUGGCACUUGUAAUUUGACAUUGCCUCAUUUAUCACCGCUCUGAUCCUUGUAAUUUGCCCCCAGCAUCAUUUCAUGCUCAUCUUCGCAGUACCUGUAAUUUGGCACCUGCUUCAUUAGUCCAUUUAAGGAAAUGGACAAUUUUUGAUCACACAAACACUUUGUCAUUGUUUGACUGAAACACCCAGGAGAGCCUAACUCGUCCCCUUUAUGUGAUUUUAUUUUAUUUUAUUUUUGUUAAGAGCACUUUUCAAAUUGUCCAGUAAUUUUUCGUCUCGUGACCUGUGACCCCGGAGCCGCUCAGGAGUCCAGUUUGAAGGCGAAACACGUCUGAUGUGUUCAGGAAAGCCUGGCGAGUCUCAGGUGUUCGGAGAACAGAGAGAAAUGUUUCAUGUAGGUUUGGAAUCUAAAUGUUUUCAGCAAAUUUUACAGCAGUGGGAGUAGAAGAGGACCCUCAAACCCCCCCCCCCCCCCUUCAGUAAAUGACUGCAGUAAAUGCACUUCGAAUAAUUUCCCAAGCUUCAUGUUUAAUCUCCACUUCAGUGUAAAUCAGGUAAAAGGUCUUCAUCUUCAUCCUCCUCCAUCACAUCCUUGUUUCUUUCGUCUGGAUUUAGGCAGCAAUAAUCAUUUUUCUUUCAUGCAUGUGUUAAAAAUCUGUGUUUUAAGUUAAGCUAACAUUAUAAUUGCAUUCCUUGA